GUAUUGUCGGACAACAUAUGCACGACCUUUCUACCGGGGCAUUUCUCUAUUGUUGUCGAGUCAGUCGCUCCUUCUCCUGCUCCAGUCUCUCCUGCACCACCAGGAGGCCCUCCAAAGGAAGCACGCGUACCAGCAGGUAAGGGAAAGAAAAACAAGUCAAAGGUCGGGAUAAUUGUUGGUUCGGUUGCAGGAGGAUUAGUAUUGUUGUUUUUGUUAGGCCUUCUGAUAGCUUGGGUGGGCAAGUACAAGAGAAGGAAGAAAAUGCAACAGAUGGAGAGGGCUGCGGAGGUUGGAGAAGCAUUGCAUAUGACUAGAAUUGGGAGCACAAAAGCACCAGCUGCUACUGUGACACGAACACAACCAACCCUAGAGAGUGAAUACAUGCCUUAGUCAAUUCAUUCUGUACAAGCUGCCUCACACAUUGACAUUCACAUUCAUGUUUCAUUUGUUGCAGUUAGAUAUUCUUCAACAUACCUCUCUUUCUCGGUGUUUUAUUUUUCAUUUUGUUGCCUUAUUGAAUUUUUUACUAGGCUUCUGGUAGCAGUGUCAGUAGCUCAGGGUUAUCCUGUAAAUGAUAAUCUGUUACUCUCACGGAAAGCAUUCGUAUUUGUGAUGAUAAAUUGUUGUGUGCAUUGUAGGAUAAGGUGAGUUUAAUUGUGAUGAUAUUGACAAUGAAUAAAUCUUUUUGAUGGCAUUCUUCUUCA